AUGGCACAGACGGACCGUGACGCACUGGUCGCCCUGUAUCGUGCUACCGGCGGGGAAAAUUGGAGAGAAAGCCAAAAUUGGGACACAGAUGCCGAUCUCAAGACAUGGCACGGAGUCGAUGUGAACGACCAGGGCAGAGUGGUGAAGCUCAAACUUCGCGACAACAACCUGGAAGGCGAGAUUCCAGCGACACUAGGGCAGCUCGCCAACCUGCAGCAGCUCCGCCUGUCUUGGAACAAGCUCAGCGGAUGUAUCCCCAAGGAGCUGGGAGACCUGAGCCAACUGCAGGUACUUGAGCUCUACCGCAACCAGCUCACUGGGCCAAUCCCCGCGGUGCUGGGAGCUCUCAGCAACUUGCUCUGGCUGUCGCUCUACUCCAACCAGCUCACGGACGAGAUUCCAGCGACACUCGGACAGCUCGGCAACCUGGAAGAGCUUAACCUCUCUUGGAACAAGCUCAGUGGUGAGUGGUCUCAAGGUGAAAUAAAAGAAUUUGUCCUGCCAACGCGUGGGUGA